AUGUAUCUCAGCAAUACCUCAGAAGUUGAAAUCUCCACAUUCCUAUUAAUUGGGAUCCCAGGGCUUGAGAAUGUACACAUUUGGAUCUCCAUCCCUAUCUGCCUCAUGUACCUCACGGCCAUCCUGGGCAACUGCACCAUCCUGUUUGUCAUUAGAACAGAGCCUUCCUUGCAUGAGCCCAUGUAUUAUUUCCUGUCCAUGCUGGCUCUAUCUGACCUGGGCCUGUCUUUCUCCUCCCUCCCCACUAUGCUGAGAAUCUUCUUGUUCAACACCAUGGGGAUUUCUGCUGAUGCAUGCAUUGCCCAGGAAUUCUUCAUCCAUGGAUUCACAGACAUGGAGUCUUCGGUGCUUCUGAUCAUGUCCUUUGAUCGCUUUGUAGCCAUUCAUAACCCCCUGAGAUAUAGCUCCAUCCUCACUACCUCCAGAGUUGUGCAAAUUGGUCUGGCAUUUGCUAUUAAAAGCAUUCUCUUAGUGCUUCCCCUUCCUUUUACUUUAAAGAGACUCACAUAUUGUAAUAAACGCCUGUUGUCACACUCCUGCUGCCUCCACCAGGACGUCAUGAAGCUGGCCUGCUCUGACAAUAAGGUUAACUUUUACUAUGGUCUGUUUGUUGCACUCUGCAUGAUGUCAGACAGCAUACUCAUUGCUGUUUCCUAUGUGUUCAUUCUGAGGACCGUAUUGGGCAUUGCAUCCCAUGAGGAGCGGCUCAGAGCUCUUAACACCUGUGUGUCUCACAUCUGUGCUGUGCUCAUCUUCUAUGUGCCCAUCAUCACCUUGGCCACCAUGCAUCGCUUUGCUAAGCAUAGGUCCCCUUUAGCUAUGAUUCUGAUAGCAGAUGCAUUCCUGCUGGUACCACCCUUGAUGAAUCCCAUUGUGUAUUGUGUAAAAACUCGGCAGAUUAGAGUAAAGGUUCUAGAAAAAUUGGGUCUGAAGUCUAAAUGA